UGCUUAUUGUUGUGUGAAAACGCGUUUUUUAUGGACCGGGCGGCUUCCGUAGCGGUCAGCGUUACUUGACGCAAACUCAAAAUCAUGGCGGACGAAGUUGAGCAGCAACCAACUACCAACACGGUUGAGGAGCCGCUGGAUCUGAUCAGACUCAGUCUGGAUGAGAGGAUCUACGUGAAGAUGAGGAACGACAGAGAGCUCCGCGGCCGCCUGCAUGCGUAUGACCAGCACCUGAACAUGAUCCUGGGCGACGUGGAGGAGACGGUGACGACGGUGGAGAUCGACGAGGAGACGUAUGAAGAGCUUUAUAAGUCUACCAAGAGGAACAUCCCCAUGCUGUUUGUCAGAGGAGACGGCGUCGUCCUCGUAGCUCCGCCUCUCAGGGUGGGCUGAACCCCUCUGCCAUCAUCAUCCUGUAAUAAACAAUGAAACUUCUUUUUUUUUUUUAAUUGGCUGCAUAAAUUAAACAUUUGUUUUGAGUGACAGGGCAAAGAAAAUGUGAAGUGAGAGCAAGUUUUUGUUGCUGGAUGCUUUUUGUAAUUUUGUUCAGAUCUGUCCACAGUGGAUGUUUUAUUUAUCUUUGUUCAGACAGAACUGAGUAAAUCUUUUCAGUUGUUUGUGUCCUGCUGUCUGCUUGUGUAAGAUUAGGUUACUGAUGUUUCAGGGUGGUUUCCAGCUGUAUUUUUAAAGUAUUAGCAGACUGAACAAAGCAAAGAGGGAUUUUAUUUUCUGAUUUCUUGAAUUGCCCUGUUUUUAUUUCCAACAAAUCGAACCAUUUGAUUUUGAAAUAUGCAAGAAGUUUUUUUUUUUGGCAUUUAUUUUAUUAAAUCUUUUUAUACUUAAGGUGUUUUGUGAAUAGAUCGUGCUUAGGUUUGCAAACUUUUGUUUUCAUGUGGUUGAAUAAAAAAAAGAAAUGAAAAACUGGUAAA